AUGAAAGCCUCUGCAGGUUCAGACACAUUGGCAUCUGCCCUGGAUUCUACUGUUGAGCCCUGGAAUGCAGAGCAAGCUCUUCCAGAGCUCGACCUCCGAAUUGCUGCUCUUAAUAUUGAACAAGUUUCAUCCAAGCCUCAGAUCGAUACCAACAAUGACGCACCUCCAGUAUCUCAAGAGAGAUCACGACUACUUACGCUACCUGCAGAGAUUCGGACACACAUCUACGGCCAUGCAGGCAUCUGGGACUUUGACUGCAACUCAGCCGGCUAUCUGGGCAAUCGAAGACCCCCCGGAAUCCUUCUGACCUGCAGAUCAGUUUACCAGGAGAUUUCAGAGAGAUUCUGGGCAGGUCGCACACUCUACAUCAACGACGCAGACUACUGGGGUACUGAGCCCUGUCAAUGCUGCGGAAACUACAUGAUGGGAGUCCUCUCGAUUGAACGGGCACUAGGCUCCCGUUUGAAUGCCAUGGGAUGUGCUGCGCAGUAUCUGACCAAGGUCAACGUGCGAGCGGCGCUUGUGUGUUUUUAUCGCUUGAUGCUCAUCUUUGAAGUUCUUGCCGACAGCUGCCCCGCGCUCGAGGACGUCGACAUAUCUUUCGGCAAGAAGGGCAGCAACGUUAUCAGUGGAAGACAAGUCCGUAUGGGCUUCACCUGUCCUCGCACCAUUGUUACUCCAUCGGUUCAACUAAAGACCUGGAUUGAACAAACCACAGCUGCACUCCGCCAGGUCAUAGAGCGUGGCAAGCUGAAGAACCUCGAGUUCUUGGCAUCCCUGGACGAUUGGGGCCAGCAGGAAGACGUCGACGCUCUUUGGGAAUCGAUGUGCGCGGCUAUUGGGAAGGGCAAGACCCUCAGAGGCAACAAGAAAAGGCUCGUCUACAACGAGAAGCGUGAGAAUACUAGCGUUGUCGUCCCGAUCAAUGUGGUCCCACUGUCUGAGAAGAGAGUCUCGUCCGACAAGUGGUAUGUGGUUGAGUUCUGUGGCGACUUCGACUUCACACCUAUGAACGGGUUUAAUACGUUUUGCUCGUUCCGCAUCACUCAACAGGUCUGA